AUGGAUUAAUAAAAUUCAGGCAACCGAGAAGAGAAUUCCGUUUAGGCAAGAUUAAGAAGAAAAAGAAAUGAUUCAGAUAAUAGAAAUUUUACUUGUGGUUGUGGUAAAAGCUAUCUUAGUUAUGCUGCUUUAUAUACUCAUUUAAAGUAUUAAAUUUUUAUAUAACAAAGAUAGAAACAUGAUUCAUAAGUUCCUGAAGGAACUUAAUUACCUAAUAAUGCAAAUUAAAGACCAGGAAGAGGUAGACCAAGAAGAGUAUUUAUAUCCAAUAUAGUAAAAAGCAAGAAGAUUAAGAUAAAAAAAGUGCUAAAUCAGAUGAUGGAGAAUCUGAAAGUGAAAAUGAGCCAGAGGAAACUAUAGAAGAACUUUUAACAUUUUUAGACAGUUUAGGAAAUUUUAGAUAAACUGAAAAAUUUUAAAAUGAAAUAGAGACUUAAAUGUUUCUUCUUUAAAAUUUUCCAUGUACUGUUUUUUCAAAUUGUACUGAGUAUUAGGGAAUAUAUGAUUAAAUAAAAGAUCUUACAAAUGAAAAAGUAGAUUAUUACAUAUUUUAUAUAAAAGAUUAAAACUCAAGUUAUUGAUCUACUUGCUAAUGAACCAUUUGAUAAGGAUAAAGCUUUAAGAAAAACAAAUAUAACUAAAAUUUUAGCAUAUUUUUUAACAUAGAUUGGUCCAAAGUUAUCUAUUGAAGGAUAUAAAGAAGUAAUUAUAAUAUUUAUUUGACAAGAUAGUUAUAUUCAUAAUUUUUUAUUAAUAAUGUUUGAAUUCCUUUGGUUAUCAAGCAAUAUAAAAUUAUUAUUAAGAAAUGAAGAAUGGUGAUAAUAAUAAGUAAUUGGAUAUUAAAGAAGGUUAUAUAUCUAAAAUAUAAAAUAGAGGUAACAUAAAAUUAAGAGUUUUGUGAUGUGUAAAAUGGAGAACAUAUGCUAUUAAUUGCAAAUGAAUUUAUUUUAUAAUUUUUACCAUAGUCUUAUAAAGGGUUAGAAACAAUAGAAAAGAAUUUUAAAUUAUUUGGUAGCAGUGCUGAAAAAUUAAAAAAUGCUGUUUAUGUUAUUUAACAUUUCUCUUAUUGGUUAUAAUCUUUAAAAUUUACAAAUUCAAAAUUGGAUUUUUAUACUGAUGAUGAUUGA